AUGCAAAUUGUAGGACAAAGUGCAGAAGAUUUAAACGAUACUAAAACUCAGUGCACAGCCCCUGCUCUGUGGCUUAUGCUGCUUGGACAGGGGCUCCUUGGCAGGACAGUCACUUCACACAAUGUGAACGACAGCGGCACACCAGUAGUUUCAGACUACCAACUGCUUGCCCAUCAGCACAUGACUAAUGAUCCCGACUGGCCGGAGGAGCCUUUCCCGGGGGCUGCCCGGCCGCCAGGCCUCCUCUCCGGCCGCGGCCCCAGCCCGCCCGCGGUACCGGGCCUCCCUGGCAAUGCCCCCGCCCCGGCUUACCGGCCCUCCAGCGCCGCUCUCCCCGCAGCCUCGGUCCCCAGCGGCGGGGCACCGCUCCGGCCGCGGCCCGCUUCACUUGGCAGCGCGGCCGGACCGCUCAGGCGGCCCCGGCUGCUGCUGCAUCCCCCACCGCCCCGCCCAGCUGCGGGCGGCAACGGCGGCGCCUCCCCGCCUCCGCUCAGCCGCUGCCGCCCGGCCGCGCUGCCGCCGCCGCCACCUCCAUUUCCUCCCGCCGCUGGAGGCUUCGGCCUCGGCGUCAGCCGGGCCCCCGGCACCGGGAAAGAAAGGAUGGUGAAGGCCGCAGCGGAGACCGCUCGGCUCCGAGGAGACGCAGAGCCGCGCCCGGCCGCCCGCCCGGAGGCGGGAGGGAGGAUGGAGGAGGGCGGGCAGGCUGCUCUCCCCGCCCCGCUUCGCUUCGUCUCGCCUCGCCCCGGUGGGAGCGGAGUGUCUCAGCCAGUGUACCAGGCCUUCAGUUCUCGCUUCGUCGCCCAGCCUCGCCGCAGACCCAGGCCUUAG